GCUUAUCUUGAUUAAAAAAAAAAACAAACUGGUAAACGUUCUCGUUAUUAAAUAAGAGGAGGGUAUUUUUGGAAAUUACAAUUUACCCUGAUUUUAUUUUCAGCGCCAAAUCGAUGCCUUGCCGCACUCCUCCUCCUUCAAUAGUCACCCCCGAAGCCCUAGCCGCCGGCGAACCAGCAAAAAUACUCUCUCCCCCUCUCUAUCCGUCGCAGUCUGGGGUACGAAAAUCUGUACGUAGCUCGCUCCCUGUCUCUUUCAUUUCGCACCUUCUUUGCUACUAUCCUGUGUUUAAGAGUUUCGAUUUCGGUUUAUACCCUUUUCACGUCUUAAUCAAAGUAACUCGUCCUCCGCAGCAAGGUAAUCAACUGCUUUCUUCCACGUUACCGAUCACCGAGCUUUCCCCUCAAUCGAACGGAUUACCUGCCUUUCAGUCUUUGUGCUAACAACAAUAAGGUUAAUCCCAAUCGCAAUCUUAUUGAUCUGCAGGAUGAAGCGGGUGUACCAAAGCUGUGCUGAUAGAAUCACCAACCUCCCUGCCGACGUGAUACAGCGCAUUCUCGUCUCCUUACCCAUCAAAGAUGCAGCCAAAACUAGCAUCUUGUCAAGCAAAUGGAGGCAUAACUGGAAGAGUAUUCCUCAACUUGUUUUCGAUGGUCGUUUUGCUCGAAUAAAUAGGGUGUCUGAAUCCCAAUCCGAUUUGAGGAGUAAGCUUACAAUGCUGAACAUCUACAAGGCCCUGCUUGUUCAUGAUGGACCAAUUACCAAGUUUGUGCUUUCAAUCCCUGGGUUAAACUUCUGCGAUCUGAUUGACCACAUCGUUCUUUACUUUGCUAAUAAAGGUGUCCAGGACUUUACCCUUAUGUUCGACAGUCGUAUCUUUGACACUAGUGAACGUAGCACAGACGAUUAUCAGAUGCAUUCCUCGCUGUUCUCUGCACUUCACCUGAAAUCCCUCAAACUUCGGUCUUGUGAAUUGAUGCCCCCAUCUUGGUUUGAUGGCUUUAGUAAGCUUACCCAUCUUCGAUUAGGAGAGGUUACUCUGCCCUCUGAUUUCUUUGAGAACUUCCUAACCAAGUGCCCUAUGCUUGAAUAUUUGAGGGUUAUAGAUUGUGAAGGUCCUGCUGUUGAACUUGAAAUUGUGGCUCCAUCUCUCAAAUCCUUCCACUAUGCGGGGUCCCUUCGGGUUAUUAGCUUCAAGUGUACUCCACUUUUGACAUUCGUUGCACUUUAUACGGUUGAUACCGAAACACAUGACAUGGCAGCAUUUUUUGCUUCUAUCCCGACACUCAAGCAGUUACAUGCUAGCGCUGCAUUCCUGAACAAACUUGCUGCAGGUAAUGGAAAUGUCCCUACCAAGUUUCCUUCUCCUAUGCACGGACUAGAAGUCUUCGACAUGAUUGAUCUUGACUUUCAUAAUCUGGAGAUGGAGCAUGUUUUUGUUUGUUUGAUUAUGAGUGCUCCCAACUUGCGUAGGCUUGCAAUUCGGCUCGAUCCCUGCCAUCUAGAUGACCCGCCGGUAAAUAAUGAAGUUAGCAGUACAGGGAAGUUGUUGGAAGCAGAUGACUGCUCUGGAUCUUCUAAAUGCCUUCAACAACUUAGGGAGUUCACCAUUGAGGAUAGCUGUGGUACACAGGUUGAACUGGACAUACUGAGGUUCGUCCUAGCCACUGCCCCACUACUUCGUCGGAUCAGCAUUAGACCUUCACAUCAGUUGAGUUCUAAAAAGGCUAUGAAAUUCACAGUGGAGGCAAUGAGAUAUAAGCGUGUGUCUGAAGAAGCCGAGCUUGUAUAUCACUGGGUUGAUAAGAAUACAUGAUUGAAACGAUGAGGAUCUAUUGUAGGUGUGGCUUUUAGCCUGUUGAAAUCAUAUUACUCCUGAACUUUUGCUCUUUACAAUUUCAAUGGUUACUUCUUUUAUUUCUCCCUGUAUGAAUGCAAUGUUGGUUGAGGAAUGUGAGGAUGUAUGUUCUACCUAUAAAUUGUGAAACCUACU